AUGCCAUCAUCCAGCUCGACGACGCAAAAUAGAUCGCUGCACGAGGGGCUGCGCGGUGGGAGCGUCAGCAAGUCUCACAGUACGGACUCGAGAGAAGAGGUGCAGCCGUUGGGCAUGGGCGCUGGAGGUCACCGACGCAACAGCGCUUGCGGAGGACCCAUCGCUACUCUUCGUGCCUCCAUCCGGCAGUCCAAUUUCAACGGGAACACAUCUGCGAUGCUUGGCGCAACCACCGCCGCAGCUGCAGGGUCUGGAGGCGUCGCGCGCAACACGUCCAGAUCCGCUUCUCGGUCGAGCUCUAUUUCCUACUCUCGGGCCAACAGCGGCCAUUCUUCCCCCACACGCAACGUCACGCCCAGCUGCGCAGGUCACGCUCACCUCACAUCACCGCAACUCGCUCCCUACAAUGGCAUCUCUGCCCAAUCCCUAGCCGAGCUCGGCAUCUUUCCUGCGGACUGCAAUGCGUCCGCCAAAUUGACUCUUCAUGACCACGGCGCGGCCGCCAGCGCCGCCGAAGACGGCAGGGGCAGAGCCAUCAGACGGAUCAGCAGCAUCGAAGAGGAUCUCGAAAGUCACGCCAGGUUCGAAGCCCCGCCUCAUGAAAGCAGCCGCUCCCACGGCUCCGACGUGAGCAUGCGCGCCUACGACGCCAGCGCAUCUCGACGACAAAGCCAGUCCAAUCGCAGUAGGGAACGAGCAGUGAUGCGGAUGAAUAAUGAGCGAGCACGACGUCAGACGCUCACAGAGUACUUUGAAGUGAGUCUGUUGCGCUGAUUCGCUCGCUUCGGUCUUGCCUGUCUCAUCGCCGACUUUUUCAACACUCUACAGCAACUGGAAGAACGUCUGUUUACCGACCCCGGUCGCGCAUCGAAAGUCGCAGUGCUCGAGAAAGCCCUUGGCGUGCUAAACGCCGUUCCUGAACUUGUACAAGAAGUCGUCCAACUGCGCGCAAGAGUCGCGGAUGAAGCAAAGUGGCGGCAAGAGCUGGAAGCUUCGAGCUGCUCCCAAUGCCACCAGACAAGUGCCUCGUCAACCGAUCGAGCACGCGUCGUAGACGCUACAGACGUGGCCGCCGAUCUCAGCGUUCCCUCAGGUCAGACGGGCAGCUCGUCCCAUUGCACCAACCACUGGCCCGAAGCAGGCUACGCGGCUCACAAUGGCAGCGCCACAAACGAUGCGCCAUCCAUCCGACCUUCUGCUCAAGUGUACCCUGCAAGCGUAGGCGGAGCACCAAAGUCGGCAAAUUUCGACUCGACCUCGGCAUCGUGGUCGCCGACGACCAUGCUGUCAACCGAUGGCCAAAGCUUUAUCGCCUCGAUUGAUGACCUCUGGGCAAAAGGGGACGGCAAGGCGCAAAGUCGACGGGGCUCUGAGAUCAGCGCCGCCUCCGUUGACCUGCCCACGGCUCCUUCCAGCACGACUUUUGGCACGACGCCGAGCACAACUCUAGGAAGCGGCUCUUGCAUCUCACCACUCUCGCCUCUGACUUGCAUUACUCAGGCAAGCUCGCCUACUACCGAUCGUGAUGCUGCUCGGUCAGAUUCGCAAGACCUUUUUGCAGGCAUGGACGUCAUGGACGUCAACGAAGAGGUCAAGAGAUGGAUGGCACACUACUUGGCCAAUCUUCACAACGCGCCUGCUGUGGGUGCAGCUUCAGCUCCCACGUCUGCUGCCACGCGCGAGCAAACAGAAUUCAUGGACCUGAGCUGA